UUAGGGUUCUUGGUAAGAAAUAUUUUUACUCAUUGCAAGCUCUCUCCAUGGCUCGUCUUGGAGCUGUGUUCUUCGAUCUGGACGACACGCUGGUGCUCACUCACGCCGCGACCAAGAUCGCCAACGACGCUGUCAAGGCCGUGCUCGCGAAUCGAGCGCCGUCGUCCAAUGCCGACGAGGUGGUGAGCGCGUUUCUCGAGGGUUUCAGCUCCAGCCCCUGGGAUCCAGUCGGUCAGGUCGAUGUUACUGAGUGGCGAGCGCGAAUCUGGCACGUUGCUCUCCAGAAGUGGAGCGUCCAAGACAUAGAACUAGCCAGAGAUUUGCAAGCUUGCUUCGACCGGGAGAGAAUGCUUGCGUUCCAGUGGGCCGAAGGUGUCGAAGCGCUUGUGCGGGAAUUGCAAAAUCAAGGCUUGAAAGUCGGGCUCAUCACGAAUGGACACACUGUGAGUUCUUGCAAGGUCCAAAGAGCGAAGCUGGAAGCGUGCAAAGCUCAAGAACUCUUCAACGUUAUUCUCGUGGGUGGAGAGGAGCCCCGAGAAAAGCCACACAAGGAGAUUUUUCUCAAGGCUUGCGAGCUUGCCGGGUGUGAUCCGCGAGAAUCUGUCAUGGUUGGAGACAAUCUCUUGACAGAUAUUCAGGGGGGUCUAAACGCUGGAUUUCUCGCAACAAUCUGGGUGAACUUACACGGCCAUCCACCAUCAAGCUCGAUCCAUCCGAGCUAUACAAUCUCUAGCAUUGCGGAGCUACCUUGCGUGCUCAAGGAAAUCCAGAGGAAGUACACCAAUUAAUAACGGACCCAUUUUCUUAUAUUCACGUAUCAAACUUUCCAUCGA